AUGGCUACCGCAACGAUAACGUCAACCCAGACGAACAACGGAACGCUCGAGCUUCACGGAGGAGCACCGUCCAAGCUGCCAAAAACGCUUCCCGCGGACUUCAUCGAGCGCUUCCCAAAGAUCUCGCGGGAGCAAGCCGGCCACCUGCGCCACUUCCACAACCUCGCCACUCAGAAAGAUGGCGAGUGGAAGCACAUGGGCAGCCAGGAACCCGGGCAAGAAUGGCUCGAUGCCUACCGGUACCAGCUGGCAACCAUGGCCUACGCCGCCGGCGCGGCCCAUUAUCACCACUUGCCUGCGUUGAGAUCGACCUUCAAGUCCUUGCUUGAGAGCCUCAUUCACAAGAUGCUGCUGCGGGAUGUUUGGGGAUACUGGUUCUUGACGAGUCACAGCGGGAUCAUGGUCGAUCCGGACAUCAAGGAGCUUAGGAAGCCUUGGGCUGAUCCGGUUGUUCGCGAGAACAUCAUGUAUUCGGGACAUCUCCUUCUCAUGGUCUCGCUCCACGAGAUGCUCUUCCGCGAGGGAAGGUUCGACGACGAGGGCUCGAUCGCGUUCAACUGGAACCCCAUCUUCUGGGGCAUGGGGCCGGAGAGAUUCUGCUACACGAGAAAGACGCUGCAGGAGGCCAUACUGCGGGAGAUGGAGCGGGAGAACUGGUUGGGGCUGAUUGCACUGAGAUACAAUGAUGUCCGGGACAAGAUCGACCUUUCUCCGGGUGUGUUGGAAAAGUACCAAGCCGCAUGGAAAGCCAAAGGCAUGAUCUCAGAUGACGGUCUCAUCGUCGACUGGUACUCGCCCAAGCAGAAUCGAACAAAGCCCCCGUCCGACAUUGCCUUCACCUCUUGGGCUCUCGCAUUCAUGAACUCCUGGAACCCAGACUUCGCCCGCCGCACGAGCAAAGACAUUGCCAUCGGGUACCUGGCCAAGUCCGACGAGGGCCACGUCUUCGUCCCUGAACCAGAAAUCUCGUUCAAGAUUCGAGAACUCGUGGCGUCGGAGCGCCUCGACCCUAUGGACCCGGCCACCUACGCCAGGGCCGCGAAAGCGGUUGCGGAGCAGAACUUGCCGGCGAGCGGGUUCCCCUUCACGAAGCCGCACUUUGCGUACGCGGCGAUGUGGGCGUCGGAGUUGGGGGAGCCGGAACACCUGGACGGGUUGCUCGCGUAUGCGGAUGCGAAGAUGAGUCCUACAUGGGAGGAUGGGGGCCUGUUUUACGGCGGCAGCGGGAGGUCUGAGGAGGGUGCCUCUGUGGAUGUGAUAAGUGGUAAUGCUGCUGUUGCGUAUGCGAGGUUCAACAUCGUGGAUGGCCAGCGCACGAUGUAUGAGAGGCCUUGGGAUGAGGAGCACUUUGCGACUGUGCCUUUUGUCAAGAAUGUUGAUCUCGCGAGCGGGGUCGAUUUCUUGCGUGGAAGCUGGGAUGAGGGGCUUCAGGCGCUGGCGAUUACGUUGCGCUCGUGGGAUGGCACAAGCAAGAGCUUUCAGCCUCAGUUUACCGGGCUUCGAGAGGGCACGUAUGGCAUCUAUCAAAACGGUGUGCUUCAUCAGACACAAGAGGUCAAGAGCAAAGACGACGUUAUCGCACUUGACCUUCAGGUAUCAGGGGAUGAGGUUGACCUGGUAUUGGUGAGGUCUCAUUGA